GAGCCAAUAAUCGCAUGUUAUGAAUUUUACAUUGAAAUCCCUAUGGAGCGUCACGCAAGUCACAUCCCUGUAUGUGAUCACUCCAAUCUAAUUGGGAUACAGUAUAAAAUAAAACCUCUCGCUCCGCCACUGGACGUGAGACGCUAUGAACCUAAAGUUGACCCUUACCGGUACUUGAGCUGCAGCCAGGAAACGUGUCCGAUAUGGACGGAAAUGGCGGCAAAUCACUCGUUAAAAUCGAAACAAAACUUGAAGAAGAAAUCCAUUCCGAUUUCGAAGAAAACAUUUUAGUAAGCAACGAAGCAUUGGUUACCAUAAAGGACGAAAUUACCAUUGCUGCCCAGUGCUCCAAAUCGCUGGUUGAUGAAGAAGUACAACAACAAACUGAUUGUGGAUGGAAUAUUAAAACUGAAGUUUCCAACGAUUUUGAAUGUGACUUCAGUCAACACAGAAACAGUAAGUUGGAACACAAUGUUUCAGAAAGUUUUAACUGUGCUCAUUGUGAUUAUGCAACCAAUAUUGAACAAUAUCUCAAACAACACCUUUUAAGACAUAUUGAUUCUAAAAAGUUUAAAUGUGCUAAUUGCGAAUACGAGACAAAUAACAAAUACUACUUUAAACAACACCUUUUAACACAUACCGAUUCUAAUGAUCUUAAAUGUGAUCAUUGUAAUUACGAGACAUAUAACAAAGGCUACUUUAAACAACACCUUUUAAAACAUGCAGAUUCUAAAGAUUUUAUAUGUGCUCAUUGUGAAUACAAGACAAAUAACAAAUAUCACUUUAAACAACACCUCUUAAAACAUACCGAUUCUAAAGAUUUUAAAUGUGCUCAUUGUAAUUAUGGUACAUAUAAUAAACGAUAUCUUAAAGUACACCUUUUAACACACAUCGAUUCUAAAGAUUUUAAAUGUACAAAUUGUGAUUAUGAGACAAGCAACAAACGCUAUUUUACACGACACCUGUUAAAACAUACCGUUUCUAAAGAUCUUAAAUGUGCUGAUUGUGAUUACAAGACAAAUAACAAAUACCACCUUAAACGACACCUUUUAAAACAUACCUAUUCUAAAGAUUUUAAAUGUGCUAAUUGUGAAUACAAGACAAAUAACAAAUACCACUUUAAACGUCACCUUUUCAAACAUACCGAUUGUAAAGAUCUGAAAUGUGCCAAUUGUGAUUAUGAGACAAAUGACAAAUACCACCUUAAACAACACCUUUUAAAACAUAUUGUUUCUAAAGAUUUGAAAUGUGUUAAUUGUCAUUACGAGACAAAUAACAAAUAUCACUUUAAACGUCACCUUUUAAAACAUAUCGAUUCGAAAGAUUUUAAAUGUGCCGAUUGUGAUUACGCGACAAGUGACAAAUACCAUCUCAAACGACACCUUUUAAAACAUAUCGAUUCUAAAGAUUUUAAAUGUGCUAAUUGUGAGUACGAGACCAAUAACAAAUAUCACUUUAAACAACACCUUUUAAAACAUAGUUUUUUCACGAAAUACAGUGGGGGAGAAGGUCGACUGCGAUAAUAAGUUGCUUUGGUUUGAAUUUCGGUUUGGGAAACCUCGCCUUACAUUACGAAACAAUUUUCACUGGAAAUUAAUAGGAAAAGUUAUCGUUCAGAGAUUUUCUAUAAAUCCUUAUCACGUUUUCUAGUUUAAAACGUAUUUGACCGUUUCACAAUUUAUUGGAAGCCUUUGAAACGGAUAAUGGUAACGGGUUACAAAUGGCUGAGUAAUCGUUAUCGCCUGGACAUUCUCCAAUUCAACUUGACAAUCAAAGAUGCAAUUCGCUUCAAGUACUUUGAUAUAAUUCGCAUGAUGCAUUCCUGUACGACACCAAGCUUCGAAUGGCCUCUCAUUAAAGGGGUGAAAUAUACAUUAAGGGAUUGGGUGCCUGAUAGUACUAAGUUUCCUCCGGGCAUGCCAGAAGGAAGGUGGAAAAUAGGGAUGCGAACUGUUACGGCCUACGGGAAACACAUCAUGACUACUAACUGGUAUUGCGCCGUGAAAUACAAGCUUAAAAUGGAAUGGAAGUAAUGCGAUAACCAAAUAAUUUGCGUUGAAACUAUUUACGAUACUUUAAACACUAGUAGGAUAGUAAAUUGUGGUAUUGUAAUGUUGGUGAUAGUAAAACACAAAGUUUGUAACGACCCUUUCCUACACCUGUGCACACGCCACUCACAUAACGCUCUCACACGUCCGUACGAGGUCAUAUAGUUUGAUAUUCGUGUGUGUAAAUAAAGUUAGUUUACCCACCA